CAUUGAUUGAUCUCCACUCCACUCCCCGCUGACCAGCGAAAACACCCGAUAGUGAAUGCGAGAGGGGAUUUAAAUUAGACAAAUAUCGUCCGCUUUACUUGACGGACAAGAUAGCUAUCUGCUUUCUCUUGGGGGUUGAGCAUUGUCCUUUAGUAGUUCUGACACAGAACUAGAUUGACGGUUGCACAGUGCGACGUUAGCUAGGUUGUAAUGUCGGCACGGUUGGAGUUGUUUUCCCCUGUAGACCUCGCUUCCUGUUAGCCUUUGGCUAGCUGGAAAAUCGAAAAUAUGCUAAUGAACGAAGAGGUAUAGUUAACCAGCGGAGAGGGGAGUAACUUUGCUGCCUACAGUAGCUAGUCUUAGCAGUGUAGUUUUAUAAUACUUACGAAUCUAUGCUAGUAACUUUAUAUUACAGCCAGUAUCCAGACAGCUGUGUUCCUUUAGUUUGCUAGCGCUCGACAGCUAGCCAUUUUGCUUGUGUUAAAGGGAUUUAAGUAUUCAACUUGGUUGGAUUUUGAUGGCAAAGCGCAAGGUUUAUUAAGUUGAUGGUUAAGGUAGGCAGUGGUAAUGAAUACACGUGUUUAAGACCUAAAUGCGUGCGACCAGUGCCUAUAAAGUACUUUAUUUUGCCGUUAGAGAGCCCGAUACUGUUCACUGUGAAAAGACAAAAGGGAAGCAUAGACUUGUUCAGCCUUUCUGGAAACUAGGAUACCAGUGAUUAUUAAGAAGGAAGAAAUUUGCAUUUGGUUACCUUUUUUUUGUUAUUGUGUACGCAUUAAUGCAUGUUUUUAAACAUACUAAUUUAAGUUUAUUAGUGUAAAAAAUAAAAGGCGCUUUCUGUUGACCCGCAUUGAUAAGGGGAGCGUGGAUGGAGUCGAUGCAGAUGGUGCUUGUACUGCAUAUGAGGGCUGUGCUUCCUUGAACCUGCUGCUUCCACGUUUUAUCUCAUUAUAGAGAAAAAUCAGCUUUAAAUGCCUUAGAAAACACUCGUAGAAACCGAUCAUCGUUAGCGGCAAUUAGUUGGGUAGAGAGUCGCCGAGAAACAGUUUUAGAUAGACUCCCGGGCGUCCGUCUCUUCAUCCAUCCUUGAUAUCAUAUCCCUCCACCACCGCCCUCUUCUCUAACCAUGGACCCCCCGAGGACGCGAUCGCGGUCUCGCUCCGGCUUCUACCAUUUCGCCAUGAAUGGCAGCGCCGGUAGCAACGGCAGCGGCACCGCCAUCGGUAAUGGGAGCUUGCUGAACGCCAGCGGAGGAGCGGUGAGCUACCCGCCGCAGAACAACCACGGCUGGCCGCCGCACCACGGAGGACGCAACUACCCGGACAACCAGCAGCAGCAACAACUCACCCAGGGGAGCUACCUGUCCGCAGGGGUGCAGCGCCACUCCACUCACGGAGCUCACAGACACCCCGGGGCUGGAGGAAUGCUCCAUUUUCAUCCAGAUAAUGUGUGCAACGAGGAUCGGGACAAAAUGGAGGACAGCCCAAGCCCAAAAAGGCAGCGUCUUUCCCAGCAGUCCAUGUUAGAUCUAAGCUCCGCCCCUCCCUCUACUCCUUCCUCUCCGAUUCGCCCUUGGGAGUUGCCUCCUAGUCGCAGACCGCACCCCCAUUACAUGCCAGAAAGAUGCCACACACCUGUCAGAAACCGUCGCAGUCCUCCAAUGAGACGUCAGCGUGGCCGUAGAGACCGUCUGGCCCGCCAUCAUCACCACAACAGCCACAACAACGGCAACCACCACCACUACAACAACAACAACAAUCAUCACCACCAUCACCACCCCAACGCUCACAAUCAUCAUCACCACCACCCACACUCCCAUCACGGCCCAUCACUGGGCCAUCAGGAUGAAAACUACCACCACCCAGCUCCUCCUCAGGGUUACACACCCUACAGCCAGCAACCUCCCCGAGGGCCAGGACCAGGGUCUGGGCCUGAAGAGCGCCCAGGUUACCAUCCCCCAAACCCCUCCCCGAGGCCUCUUCACCAUUCACCAAACCUUUCUCCUAGGCUGCUGCACCAUGGGACCCAUCCACAGCAACAGAGCAGUGUGGUGCUGGACCUACAUGAGCAGGGCUCAGCUCCAGUAUCAUAUCCUGUUUCUCCUCCGGGAGCACCACCAGGCCUUCCCCCUCGCUCUGCCCCACAGCAGAUCCCAGCAUGCUCGGUGGUCUUCAGUGGACAGCAUUAUCCCGUCUGCAGCGUCCCUCCUCCAGUCCUCCAGACUUGCUCUGUUCAGCACUUACCCAUGCCUUAUCCAUUCCCAUCGUUGCUAUCCAGUGACCCAGCCUUCUUAAUUCCCCCUCCUCAUCUCACCCAUCCCCCCGCACACCUUUCCCAUCAUCCACCUCACCUGCCACAGCCAGGACAGUUUGGACCCUAUCCAGCCCAGCAGGCGCGAUCACCUUUACAGAGGAUAGAAAAUGACGUAGAGCUGAUCGGAGAGCACCUGUCUUUGGGUGCUGGGCUCCACUAUUCGCCUGCCACCCACCCGGCCCUCACCCCUCACUCCACACAGCUUCACUUCCUCUCCCAUGAUCCUCUGCCACAGGAGUUCUUUGGAGUGUCUUAUCCAAACUUCAUUACUCGGCGUCUCCCGGGGCGACGGUACCGUUCGCAACAGCUUCCACCUUCGCCUUACCACCCCAGCCUCCUGCCUUACUUCCUAUCAAUGCUGCCAGUCCAGCCCACAGGUCCUGCAAUCAGCCUAGAGCUGGAUGUAGACGAUGGAGAAGUGGAGAAUUAUGAGGCCCUCCUGAACCUCGCUGAGCGCCUGGGAGAAGCCAAACUCAGAGGACUGACCAAGGGAGAUAUUGAACAACUUCCUUCCUAUCGAUUCAAUCCAAAUAACCAUCAGUCUGAACAAACACUGUGUGUUGUAUGUAUGAGUGAUUUUGAGUCCCGUCAACUGCUGCGAGUCCUGCCCUGCAGCCAUGAGUUCCACGGAAAGUGUGUCGACAAGUGGCUGAGGGCCAACAGGACAUGCCCUAUUUGUCGAGCUGAUGCCUCGGAGGUCCAGAGAGACUCAGAGUGACCACAAGAGGGAGCCAAACACUCCCUGUUGUCUGUCAAACGCACUCCAGCACUGCCUGCUUCUGAUAAAUUGAUGCACAUAUGUGUGCUCACACACACUCACCCACACACACACUCACUCCUUACAUGUUUGUGCAGCACUUUUUCUUCCUUUGUUGCUGUUUAAUUUGUUGCUUAAAGAUUGCAUCGUACAUUUGAUGUGAUUUUCAUCAGAUGUCUUCCCUCUUUCCCGUACAUGCACAUAGGUCCUCACAUUUUCAGUGAAUGCCCCACUUCAUGCAGUGUGGGUUUGUGUGUGUGUGUAUACAUGUGCAUGCACCACAACUGUACAAGCAUUUUCUCAGUCAGCCCAGUAAUGCAGGGCUGUGGUACACAACUGUGUGUGUGAGAAAGGGAGUGAGAGAGAUUUUUAGAUGUUCUGGAGCAUGCCUGAGUUUUUGUUGUGUAUCAGACAAAAGUAACAACAUGAGAGUUUUUGGUCUCAUGAGUGACUUUACUUCCUGUUUGUAUGUUUAUGCACUGAUUGUAUGCAUACUGUGUGUAUGUAUGUUGUAGACUUAAACUUUUUCUCUAUUUUGACACUAAAGGUCCAUGCUGCCACUGACAUUCUUGGUUGCCCGCUUAAUGAAUUUGUUUGAGUAGAUUAUUAUUAUUAUUAUUAUUAUUAUUAUUAUUAUUAUUAUUAUUAUUAUGCCAGUAUAGUAGAUUAUUUUCCUGCCUGGCAAUUACCUCAUCAUUCCUGUCACUCAUCACAUGCGCUUCACAGCACUACUUUGAAACUAAGCACAUGUAUUUUCUUCCUUUCUUUUCUGAGCAAAAAUAAGUGUGAUUUUGCAGUGGCACAUGUUACAUAUAUAUCUAUAUACAUACUGUAUAAAUCUAUGAAUAUCUGUAUACCAAAAUAAAAGGCUUGAUAUAAA